AUGAGUAAUUAAAGUGAGGAUGAGAAUGAAGUAUUACAAGUGGAAUUGCAUAGUGAUGAAGAAUAGAGAGGAGAAGAGGAAGAUGAGAGAAUAAAAAAGUUAGAGUAAGACAAGAAGAGUUUUAUGAGUACAAUAAAAUAAAGUGGGAGAAUGAAUACAAAUGUAAAGAGAUUAUAUAUAAAGAUAGAUAAAAUUUGAUAAUAUAGAAUCAAAGAUAAAUACAUUGUUAGAAAAUGCAGAGAAAUAUGCAAUGUUUUUAUUACAUAGACAUAAGCGAACUCAGGAGAAUAAGUAGAAGGUACAAAAUUAGUAGAGAGGAAAACAUAGAUAGAUAAUAGAAGAUGGAAGUGAGGAAGAGGAAUUCGAUGAUACUCCAACAGUAUUAGAGAAGCAACCAACAAUUUUAAAGGGAGGAUAAUUAAAGUCAUAUUAAAUGACUGGAUUGAAUUGGAUGAUAUCUUUAUUUGAGGAAGGAAUCAAUGGAAUUUUAGCAGAUGAAAUGGGAUUGGGCAAAACAAUAUAGACAAUAGGAUUUCUGUCUUUUUUAAAAGAAUAUAAAAAAAUAAGUGGUCCAUAUUUAAUAGUAGCACCAAAAUCAACAUUAGGAAAUUGGAUGAGAGAAUUUAAGAAAUGGUUACCAUGUAUGAGAGUAGUAAAAUUGAUAGCAAUUAAAGAAGAAAGAGAUGAAAUAUUAAAUAGAUAUUUUUAACCAGGUAGAUUUGAUGUAUGUUUAACAAGUUAUGAAGGAGUAAAUAUAUGUUUAAAACAUAUAAGAAGAUUUUAAUAUAAAUAUAUUAUAAUAGAUGAGGCUCAUAAGAUAAAAAAUGAAGAUGCAAUAAUUAGUUAGAAUUUACGUAAAAUUAGAACUAAUUAUAAAUUAUUAUUAACAGGUACACCAUUAUAGAAUACUCCACAUGAAUUAUGGAGUUUAUUAAAUUAUUUAUUACCUGAUCUAUUUGAUUCAUCUGAAGUAUUUGAUAAAUGGUUUGAAGUAAAUACAGAAGCUAAAUUAAGAGAAGGCAAUGAAACAAUUCAUUAAGAUGAAUUAGAAUAAAGAAAUUUAGAAAUGGUUUAAAAAUUUCAAAAGAUAUUAAGGCCAUUUAUGUUAAGAAGAACUAAAGCUGAAGUUGAAAGAAUGCUUCCACCAAAAUAAGAGAUUCAUUUAUUUAUAAAAAUGUCUAAUUUAUAAAAAUAAAUGUAUUAGAAUAUAUUAAUUCAUAAUAAUCCACAUGAAGGUGAUGAUAAAGGAUUCUAUAUGAAUAAACUUAUGCAAUUACGUAAAAUUUGUUUGCAUCCAUAUUUAUUUCCUGAAGUGGAAGAUAAAUCAUUACCAGCUUUAGGAGAACAUUUAGUAGAAGUAGGUGGUAAAAUGAGAGUUUUAGAUAAGUUUUUAUAAAAAUUAAGUUAAGGAUAACAUUAAAUUCUAAUAUUUUCAUAAUUUACAAUGAUGUUAAAUAUAUUGGAAGAUUAUUGUAAUUUUAGAGGAUUUGAAUAUUGUAGAAUAGAUGGAGAAACAGAAAUUCAAUCUAGAGAUGAUCAAAUAGCUGAAUUUACAUAACCAGAUAGUAAAAAGUUUAUAUUUUUAUUGUCAACAAGAGCUGGUGGUCUUGGUAUUAAUUUAGCUACUGCUGAUACUGUCAUUAUUUAUGAUUCAGAUUUUAAUCCAUAAAUGGAUAUGUAAGCAAUGGAUAGAGCUCAUAGAAUUGGAUAAAAAAAUAGAGUUAUGGUUUAUAGAAUGGUAUGUGAACAUACUGUAGAGGAAAAGAUUAUUGAAAGAUAAUAAAUUAAAUUACGCUGGGAUUCUCUUAUGGUAUAAUAAGGUAGACUCUAAUAAAAAUAGAGUGGUAAAUUAUUAUCAAAAGAAGAUUUAAAAGAAUUAACUACUUAUGGUGCUUCUUAAAUAUUUAAACUUGAUGGAGAUGAUAUUAAAGAUGAAGAUAUUGAUAUCUUACUUAAAAGAGGUGAAUAACUUACUAAAGAAAUGAAUGAAAGAAUUGAAAAGAAAUUUGAAAAUUUUAAAGAUAAAGUAUAAUCAUUAGAUUUAGGAUUAGGAUAAAUUAAUAUAUUUGAUUAUUUUGAUGAAGCAAAAAGAAAUAAAGAAGAUGAAGAAGCAUUAGAAGAUGCUUUAGUUAAUCAUCUUAUGUAAGAUAAUAAAACUAGAAAUCGUGAUAAAAGAGCUAUGAUGAUUGCAAACAAUUCUAAAAAAAUUUAAGGUAAAUAAAUUAAAUUAUCUGAACAUCAUCUCUAUGAAAAUAAAGAAAGAUUAUAAUUCUUAUUAUAAAAAGAAGAAGAUUUUCUAGCAUAAUAAAAAAAUUCUAAAAAAAAUAAUGAAAAUGAUGAAAAUCUUGAUUUUGGUGGUCUUACUUAAGAAGAAAGAUAAGAAUAAAAAAAAUUACUUGAAACUGGAUUCAAAAAUUGGAAUAAAUAAGAAUUUCAAGAUUUUAUUACUGCUAAUGAAAAAUAUGGUAAAGAUGCUUAUGAAAAAAUACAAGAAGUUAUUAAAACUAAAACUGUUGAUGAAAUUAAAGCAUAUGCUUAAGCAUUCUGGGAAAGAAUUGAUGGAUUAAGUGAAAAAGAUAAAAUUGUUAAAUAAAUUGAAAGAGGAUAAAAACUUAUAGAACAAAAAACAAAUGGAUAAAAAUUAAUUGAAGAAAAAUGUAAACAUUUUCAUCAACCAAAAUAUGAAUUAGUUUUCACACCUCAACUAUAUAAUAAAUUCAAAAGCAAAUAUUUUAGUUUAGAAAAUGAUAAAUAUUUAAUCUAUAUGACAAAUGAAGUUGGUUAUGGUAAUUGGGCUUCACUCAAAUUAUCAAUUAAAAAAGAACCUAUGUUUAGAUUUGAUCAUGCUUUCAAAUGCAAAAGUGAAAAUGAACUCAAAAAUAGAGUGAUUUCACUUGUCAAAGUACUUGAUAAAGAAAAAGAAAAUAAUUCAAUGGGCAGAUCUCUUGUUAAAAAUACCUAUAUAGAAAAACCAAAAGUUCUAUAGGAAUCUCAGAAAAAGAAAACUAAAAAUGACGAAGAAGAACCCCAAGAUGGAUCUGAAUCUGUCAAGAAAGUUAAAGUAUGAUAUAUAUAUAUUUAAUAUAUAUAUAUAUAUGUUAUUAUUAUAUUAAUUAUUUAUGAAUCUCUUAUUCUUAAGAACUAGUAUAAAGAUGCCAAUUAUUAAAAUGUGAUUUCUUAUUAUACGAAAAUUGCACAAGAGAAUGAGCUUUUUCUAUAGAUACUUCAAAAAUAUAGAACUAAUUAACUUAAUAAAAUAUUUUCUUUCAAAAUUAAACAAUUAAAUAAGUAACUUACACAAUUUAACCAAUAACUUACUUCUUCCUAAACCUAAGCCUGUCUCAAAUUUAAUUGA